UCCGCCAUUCACUGCUGCUGAGACGUCAUACUGCCGCGGUUCGAACAGACCCGCGGAAAUUGAGUACCGGAAAAACACAACAGAAUCAUACAGUCUGUGAACAGAACUGGAGCGUCUUUAAGCUGUCCAUCAUGGUUCAGGAGUUCCACGUCGUCAGGUGUUUCUCCUGUCAGAGCUUCCAGGUGCAACAGGUGAAAAAGGUGAACAGGUGGAGCUGUAAACUGUGUGGAGAGAAACAGUCGCUGCUGAAGGAGUAUGGGCGGGGCUCCGGGGCAGACUGCAGACGCCACGUUCAGAAGCUAAACGCAAUAAGAGGAGCCAUGAUGGAGGAGCAGGAGGACAACACCUGGUCGAUAUGGGAGCAGCAGGUGGAGGCAGAGGAGCAGAAGCAGGGAGACGACCAGGUGACACAGACUCAGGUGAGCCGCUGGAGCAAAUACCUGGACACACCUAAGGAGGCAGAGUUGGAAGAGGAGGAAGAGCCUGAAUGGAAUGUUCUGAUGGACAGGCAACAGCUCCAUGGCAACAUGACAGACAGAGAAUAUUCAAUCAGCAAGAGAAAGAGAAUGGAGGAGAAGACAGACGGUUGGGAGGACAGCUGCUCACCUGACCAGUCAGCCUGUCUGAAGAGGAAACCUGGAAGACCUUCAGCCACAAAUAGUCCUCUCAGUCAGAGGGUCACCAGUCUUCCCAGUCAGAGGGUCUCCAGUUCUCUCAGUCAGAGGGUCACCAGUCCUCCCAGUCAGAGGUUCACCAGUCUUCCCAGUCAGAGGGUCACCAGUCCUCCCAGUCAGAGGGUCACCAGUCUUCCCAGUCAGAGGGUCACCAGUCCUCCCAGUCAGAGGUUCACCAGUCUUCCCAGUCAGAGGGUCACCAGUCCUCCCAGUCAGAGGGUCACCAGUUCUCCCAGUCAGAGGGUCUCCAGUUCUCCCAGUCAGAGGGUCUCCAGUUCUCCCAGUCAGAGGGUCACCAGUCCUCCCAGUCAGAGGGUCUCCAGUUCUCCCAGUCAGAGGGUCACCAGUCCUCCCAGUCAGAGGGUCUCCAGUUCUCCCAGUCAGAGGGUCACCAGUCCUCCCAGUCAGAGGGUCACCAGUCCUCCCAGUCAGAGGGUCACCAGUCCUCCCAGUAAGGACACCAGUCUUCCCGGUGUGAGCAGUGUUACGGCCUCCAGUUGUGCUCAUUUCCUCAGUGCUGACUGUCAGGUUCAGCUAGCGAAGGGGUCGCCUGUGGGUGGGUGGAGCCAAUGUAUAGGUGGAGCCACUGCUAUGUCCCACCCUGAUCUUGCCAAGCCCCGCCUCCAGCUUCCUGUUUCCUCGAUGUUUGAGAGUGGCGAGGACUUCAGCUUUGACGACGACGACUUUCUGACAUGCCAGAGGGUGUAAAGAAAAUACAUGUAGAACCCAGAUGAACUGUUUAUCGGUCUUGUUUACUAUAUAUGUUGUUUAUCUCCCGUUUAUUUAUAUUGAUGGUUAUUUAAAAUGUACAACUCAGCGAAUCACUUUAGACUUAAUGUUUUUUUUUUGAUUAACAGAAACUGUCAGACAAAUAAAGAUGAGAAAACUACAGUCA